ACAGAUGCGACAAAACUAAAAGUGUUUUUGACAGUUGUUCGUUGAGAAACAAACACAUCAUAUAAACUGUUGACCCAAAAUAAAACACCAAUAUCACUUUUCCACAUAGUUGAUAGUCCAGUCGCCCGAGAGAAGAGGUUGAAGACGUUGAAACUGUUUAUUAAUCAUUUAUAAAGUGUAGGCUGAGAGACUACCAGAGGCACAAGAUACAGCACUUCUCCCUCGCAGGAAUACAGGUGCUCGGACCCCCCCUCCUGCCCGUUCUGCAUGGUCAUGACCAGUCACUACGCACCCUCCACAGCCCGACUCAUCCUAUUGGUCCUGCUCACUGUCACUCCACGGCUGACCGCCACCCCUGUGGGUGGGGAUGGGCAGAGGGAAGGGCACUCUAGGACACACCUUAAAGAGGACAGCCUCAACCCCUUCCAUAGCCCUCUAGAAAUCAGCCCCAGCCCCCUCCGCUACCCUUUGGACCAGACCCAGGACCGGAUAGAGGACCAGGAACAGAGCUAUGGUGGCCCUACAAACAUGGACCCUGCCCAGGCUCUAGCCGCUAUGCUACUGGAGGCCCUGGACCACACUGGGAGAGGAGAGGGGGAUCCAGUCCCUUUGGAGGAAAGAAGGGAUGAGGAGACAAGGAGAGAGGAGGAGGAGGAGGAGAGGAGGGUGGGGGAGAGAAGGAUGGAACAGCUAGGACCAGCACUAGUGGCAGCAGCUCUGGGAGAGGAGUUAAGAGAGAUAGAAGAAGAGGAGGAGAGGGAGGAGAGGAAGAGGUCAGAGGACAGAAGCUGGCUUCUAAAGGAAGACGGGGACAGAGCUGGUGGUGGCGGUGAGGAGGGAGGACAGCAGAAGGAAGAGGAGGAGGAGGAAGGUGAAGCAGGGAGAUGGGGAGGUGAAAAGGAGAAAAGAGCAGAGGGGAGUAGGAUAGGAGAGGAGGGGAGGCCUAUUGACCUCCAGCGGAAGGCUCGGGGCUACUUCCAGAACAUAGACCUCGGUCUCCAAGACAACGAGAUUCUUCCCCCUCUGAAGGGGUAUAAGGCCUACAACACCCAGCUGGCACAAGCUGGGAAAAAGCUGCACUGGGAGGAGGAGCGGGCACGCAACACACCCCUGGGGGGCAACUUCAUGGACGACUUUGAGAAUGAAGCAGAGGAGGAGGCGGCUUUGUCGAUGGUGGAGGAAGAGGAGGCUCGUGCGCGUGCAGAGCAGCAGGAGGUGCAACGGCAGCAGGAGGAGGCAGAGAGGGCUAGAGAGGAGGAGCAGAGGCUGGCAGACAUCGCCUCGGACAUGUUGCUGCAGUACAUGGGGAGACAGAAGCAGCAGGGGGCGCCCUACCUCAUGGCCAGACAGAAGGCCGGCGCCAACGCUGCUGAAGACAAGCGCUCCGAGGAGGUGGUAACCGACGGCGACGACCUGGAUCAGCAGAUGAUUGACAGGCUGAUCGAGAUCAGCAGCAAGCUGCACCUGCCGGCCGACGACGUGGUCCAGAUCAUCUCCAACGUAGAGGAGAAGAAGAAGAGGAAGGAGCUGACGUCGCUUAGCAACCCAGUCGCCCCGCGUUACCGGCCCCUAGUUCCCCCUCCCCUAGUGACGGGCCCCAUGUACCACUACACAGCCUCCUCCAACCCCAAGAAGGACCCUUACUACCAGCCCUACAAGAACAAGUGGAACAAGGACAGAGCCAAGGCCAAGGCCUACAAGCAGGACGUCUGGUUCAAACCCCAGAAACAGUUCCUAGCCUUCCCGUCCUACCCCUACUACCAGAAACCCUACCGUGCCUACUACCCUGUGUUCUUCCCCUACCCCAAACCCCAGUACUACGACAAUACUCCCAUGGGGGAGGAGCUACCCCACAGCCCGCCCUUGGACUAUGAGCUCCGGCCUACCAGGCGCAGACACAGGGCCGGGGGCAGGGCCAGAGGUGGAGGUAGGCAUGGCUGGAGACAGCAGCCCCUCCCACCCCGUCUUCCCUCCUCUCCCUACAUCUCCAAUUACAUCCUGCCACACCCCCGGACAUAUCAGCCACUGCCUAAACCCCUCUCCCCCCAGAACAGGGGCAGGCAACCCCCGUUCUACUACCCACCUGGGCCUGGGGGCUUGGGUGUAGCUGGGGGGAGGGUGGGAGGGGACUAUGAAGAUGACGAUGGGCUGGUUCCUCAGCUGGACAGUCAAGAAGAACUGGAAAACUUUAUAUCCAAAAUAUACAUGAAACGCAGAAUGUACUAGAGACAGAAGGACAGACAGACACUACCGCAGGACAAAGGGACCAAACAGGGGGAGGGAUGAGAGGGAGGAAAUAGGCUGGUUGAGAGAGAAGGAUAGGAUUGGAGGAGAGAGAAGGAUAGGAUUGGAGGAGAGAGAAGGAUAGGAUUGGAGGAGAGAGAAGGGUAGGAUUGGAGGAGAGAGAAGGAUAGGAUUGGAGGAGAGAGAAGGAUAGGAUUGGAGGAGAGAGAAGGGUAGGAUUGGAGGAGAGAGAAGGAUAGGAUUGGAGGAGAGAGAAGGAUAGGAUUGGAGGAGAGAGAAGGAUAGGAUUGGAGGAGAGAGAAGGAUAGGAUUGGAGGAGAGAGAAGGGUAGGAUUGGAGGAGAGAGAAGGAUAGGAUUGGAGGAGAGAGAAGAAAGAAAGAAAGAGAGGGUGGUGGUGAAAGAUUGCUUGUCUGUUGUUUUUCACAUUUGUUUUGUUUGUUUAUUUGUGACCAGGGGAAGGGAGGAGGAGAGAGACGAGGGGAGGGGAGAGAGACGAGGGGAGGGGAGAGGAGAGGAGGAGGAGGAGGGGAGAUGUUGAUGUUGUGAGUCAGAACUUCCGGUCGAUCCUGAUCAGGGGAGUUGCUCGCUGUCUGCUUUUAUUCAGGUCUGUCUCUGACGUUGGGGCACAUCCAGAGAGUUUCGGAGGGGAGUUUAGAACCAACAACAUGGUGCCGACAACAGGAGACUCAUGUUUACAGAAUCAUCUGUAGACGGGUUAGCUGACAACGUCAUCAAAAGGAUGUGCUUCAAUGGGACCAGAAAUACACGUUUUGUUGUGAAACGAUGACAAGAAUCUGACAUGUGGGGAAACGCAGGUCGUUUCAGCUCGUAGUAUCAUGUUGUUGAUACCAUGUUUUGUUUGACUGAUUUCAAGUCAAUGCUAAUAUGGCAACAAACAAAAUAGCUAGCUAGCUAACCAACAACUGCAACAAUAUAUUUGCGAGACAACAAGUGCUCAUUGUACAAAUGUAUUAAUGUUUUCAGUAAACAUUUGAGACUUGACAUGUUGUCCACAAUUUAUGCCAACCCCGUCUGUGUUACCCCAGAGAUGCGCACGCCUCGGUUUUGUCGCUAAACAACCAACCCGUCUACAGUGUCUUUUCUUUCAGAGAUUCAGGAGUUGUGUUUUUCUGUUAAACAUCAGUUAAUCUUUUACUAAGGUACGAAACACAGUCAUCAAUUCCAGGACUCUUUAGAAAGAGGUGUUAUGAUUCUACCUGUUCUAAUACCAAUAUAAUACUGACACAGGAAAUAGACUUGAACUUCCUGUUUAGGACUGCGUUCAUUCCGCGUGUUUACAGGUUUUGAAAUAGGGUUUAAACAAAAAACCCUUGACAGUUAACAGUUAAGAAAUUAAUUCAGACUGGUUAGAAUAGGACUAAGGUUUGUGUUAAAACAAGAAAACAAUAACAGAGCUAUUUAACAUAAACUAGGCACUGAAGUUGUUGAUGGUGGACUCAGUAGUAGGCAGUCUGUUGUGGGCCCAUAGCAGUCUGUUGUGGGUCCAUAGCAGUCUGUUGUGGGCCCAUAGCAGUCUGUUGUGGGCCCAUAGCAGUCUGUUGUGGGUCCAUAGCAGUCUGUUGUGGGCCCAUAGCAGUCUGUUGUGGGCCCAUAGCAGUCUGUUGUGGGUCCAUAGCAGUCUGUUGUGGGCCCAUAGCAGUCUGUUGUGGGUCCAUAGCAGUCUGUUGUGGGUCCAUAGCAGUCUGUUGUGGGCCCAUAGCAGUCUGUUGUGGGUCCAUAGCAGUCUGUUGUGGGCCCAUAGCAGUCUGUUGUGGGUCCAUAGCAGUCUGUUGUGGGUCCAUAGCAGUCUGUUGUGGGCCCAUAGCAGUCUGUUGUGGGCCCAUAGCAGUCUGUUGUGGGUCCAUAAGCAGUCUGUUGUGGGUCCAUAGCAGUCUGUUGUGGGUCCAUAGCAGUCUGUUGUGGGUCCAUAGCAGUCUGUUGUGGGUCCAUAGCAGUCUGUUGUGGGCCCAUAGCAGUCUGUUGUGGGUCCAUAGCAGUCUGUUGUGGGUCCAUAGCAGUCUGUUGUGGGUCCAUAGCAGUCUGUUGUGGGUCCAUAGCAGUCUGUUGUGGGCCCAUAGCAGUCUGUUGUGGGUCCAUAGCAGUCUGUUGUGGGUCCAUAGCAGUCUGUUGUGGGUCCAUAGUGAUGUGAGCACAGAGAGACAGCAUGACUCUGUUAUGUGGCCUCCUUAGUUACAACCUGAUAGAUUUUCAUAGAGGGACCAGUUAUUCACUACUCAGGAGCUAUAAGGCAGGUCACACACACACACACACACACACACACA